AUGUCACAACAUUUGUGUUCAAAUCAAAGUAGAACACCCUAUCAAUUGCNUAGUUUAUUCACCAACAGUCAUCGCUCCAGACUCGUUCCAACUCCAGUUCUUUUGUCCUUUGGAGCAACAUCACUAAGAGCAUCCUUUUAUACAGAUGACGGAAGAGCAAGAGACACGCGAGGGGAACCCUUAAUCAUCCCCCCUCCUCAUACAGUAAUCGAUCAAGAAAACAACCCAUUUGACAUGGAAGAAGAUGACGCCUCCGAUUUAAGAGCAAAUAGUCCUCCCUCUGAAGACAGUGACCGGUCACCACAAACAACACCAACAAACACCCCCCCACAAGCAGUCAGUCCACCCCCAACAACAUCAUCGAUCACAGUCACAUCAUCAUUGAGCACAACAACAUCAACCAACAGUCCACCCCCAACAACAUCAUCGAUCACAGUCACAUCAUCGUCGAGCACAACAACAUCAACCAAUGCAAACAACAUCACUCAUCCUUCCACAAGUAGUUCUAACACUAGUCCUGAAUACAAUGAUAGUGACAGUGAAGAAUGGACGGAGGAUCAACCAAUAAAUCAAGCACCACGUCGCUUAAUUCGUUGUGGAAAUCCAAAUUGUAACCACCUACUCAGAAACCAGAACUGUCCCCAUGUCACCAGAUGUGUGAAUCCUGAUUGUCAGCACAGACGUUUAGUAGAAUGCUGUAUUAAUUUUGUUUCAAACUUUUAG